AGUAAUGCAACAUGAAGGAUACUAACUGCCGUAAAACUCCAAAGAGAAAAAGAUGAAGAAGCAGCAGAUGGCUGAUGUGAAAAUCCUGCUGGACAUUAUGUGUUUUUAGAACAUAACUAUAGAUUAUAGGGACGGACAUUCUGUCUCUUUUGAAGAUUUAGGUCCCUCAGACAUGCUUAACGGACGGUGAAAAUCCAGUUAACCCCCCUCCCCCGGCACCUUUCCGACGGCGAAUAGGUGCACGGUCAUUUCUGUAACUUUCCGAAACGGACAAGCCGACAUUCACUCCCCCUUCACGCAGUGAUUGGCCAGCUGUGCAGAGCUACUUCCAUUGCUUUCUGUGUUAAACCUGCAACCUGCGACAUGAACCCCUUCGAGGAGAGACUGUCUGAGGCUGUGCGUCUUUAUCCUCAUUUGUAUGAUGCAUCCCUCCGUGACUACAAAGAUACACAGAAAACACUGAAUUCUUGGCGACAGAUUGGCGAGAUAGUGGGAUGUGGCCCAGAAGAGGUGAAAAUGAAGUGGAACAAGCUUCGUGAUCGCUUUGCAAAAGCAAAAAAGAGGGCGCUGAAGGGUAGGCAGAAUGGAACAACUGGAGGGGAAAAGACUCCUGUUCUUUACACCCAACUGUCCUGGCUGUGCACCUUCGUCAAACACCGCCAGACAGUGGACAACAUGGUCAAGGAUGAGAGAGAGACUGCUACAUCGUCUGAUGGGCCACAGUCGUCAGUCAUCAAUGCGAGUCAGCCAGAGAUCAGCAGCCAGCCCCUUUGCUUGGCAAGCCGGGACACUGACCUCUCAGUGAGCCGUGGCCAGCACCACUACACACCCACCCAGCACAGCCACCUGUCAGAGAGCAGUGAUACAAGCAGGCAGUCAGUCCUGGAAUCCACCAGGGCAUUGCAAGACAACCAGGGGGCACCGUUGGUGUGUUCCUCACCACAGUUGGAUGUGGCAAGGAGGAGGAGGAAGGCAGCCAAGCGGCGGGCAGAGAGCGACGAGGAGGCAUCUGUUUCGCAGCUCCUGUCAUUUAUUCAAGAGUGGAGUGCGUCAUGGGUGGAGAGGCAGCGUAAACACAUGGAGGAGCUGCAAAUGUUGAGGCAGCCACAAGAGGACAAGUUUGCACAGCGAUUUACAUCUUUGAUAGAGUUUGCCAGAACUCUGCCAACGCCCGAACUGGAUGAGUUUGAGUUCAAGCUGGCGCAGCUUGUUUAUGAGACUAAGAAGGGGCUCCAGGGAAAACUGUGAACAUGAACACUGAACUGACUAAACACAGUUAAUAAAGAUGCUUUCUUGUUGUUGUUUUUUAAACAUCAGUUUAUUGUGUUUUUUUUUACACAAUAAAACAUUUGAUUGAA